GAUGAAAUCAUGAAUUCAAUGUUUUUCGGAAUUGAAAUUCGACAAAAAAAAUGAACUUGUCUAACGUUAAAUUGCAAUUUGCUUUGACUGCUUUAGGAGCAAGUCUUGCAACAGGAAUAGCGAUACUUUCCUAUCAAGAUCAUAAAAGAAGAAUAAGAGCUGAAGCGCUUAAAAAGGAAGUUAGCUUAAUACCUAAAACAACUCGUAAUAUACAUUUAAAUGGCGAAGUAGCGUUUGAUGAAUCACUGAUCAAAGAACAAUUGGCAAGAAAUAUUGCCUUUUUAGGAGAAGAAGGUGUAGAAAAAUUAAGAAAAUCUUUUGUAAUUAUUGUAGGAAUAGGAGGCGUCGGUUCUUGGGCUGCACUUAUGUUAAUUCGCUCGGGAGUUUCACAUAUUAGAAUAAUUGAUUUUGAUCAAGUAACGUUAAGUAGCUUAAAUAGACACGCGGUAGCAACACAUUCUGAUGUUGGUACACCAAAAGUAAUUGCAUUACAAAAGCAUUUAAAGGAAAUUGCUCCUUGGGCAAAAGUUGAACCUAUUAUUGAAUUAUUUACAAAAGAGAGUGCUACUAAAUUAUUAUCUGGUGAUGCUAACUUUAUUGUUGAUGCUAUUGAUAAUAUUGAUACAAAAUUAUUUUUACUUAAAUAUUGUCAUGAUAAAAAAUUACCGAUCAUAAGUUCAAUGGGUGCAGGAGCCAAAGCUGAUCCUUCACGUAUUCAGAUGAGUGAUAUUAGUAUCACCAUUGAGGAUCCACUUGCAAGAACUGUUAGACGUCGAUUAAAGAAAAUGGGAGUUGAUUCAGGAAUCACUGUUGUUUAUUCAACUGAGAAACCAAAUGUUAAGUUAUUGCCUUUAGAAGAAAAUAAAGUACAAAAUGCAGGAGAUUACGCGACUUUACCAGACUUCAGAUCCCGAAUCCUCCCUGUAUUAGGUACGAUUCCCGCUAUAUUUGGUAUGUCAAUUGCCACAUAUAUUGUAACCAAGAUUGCUGGGCAUCAUAUUGAACCAUUACCAAAUAAGAAUCGAGAUGGAUUAUAUUCACGAAUGCAUCGUGACUUAUUAAACAGAGAAAGGAGGAAUAAUAAAGAAGAGGCAAUUCCGCUAGAUGCACGUGAAGUUGGAUAUAUUUUUGAAGAAAUUUGGAGAGGUAAAAGUGCUAUUUCAGGUUCAGUUGAGAAACCUGCUAUUGUUAAAUGGCAUAAAGACCAGCCAUUAAAUCCGCAAAAUUGUGUUGUUAUGACUAAAAAAGAAGCAGAUACUCAUGAUAAACUUACUGUAAACCCUGAAGAGUAUUAUUCUCCUGAUAUUGUAAAUUUAGUAAAUGCAAGAUUUCAAGAAGAAAAGGAUAUUUCUAAUUUCCGGUGAAUAAAGAAUCAAAAUUAUUAAAAUUUGAUAAAAUAAAUUUUAAAAUUUAAAAUUUGUAAAUUUAGUCUAUAGCUAAUAAUAGAAAUAUUUUUAUA